AUGUCAUGCACAAAUGUUCACAUCAGCGUAGCACGGAGGUAUGCAGACUCCUUGCCCUCGGGCUUUGCCGAGCGCAUCGGCAGAGAACUUGAGGGCCAGCAUCGUCGAGUCGCGCAGUUGCGCAGCCUCAACUCGCUGAUGCUGCGUGUCCUCCAGUGUGAGGGGCAUGCGAAGUGCGGCGGAGCGACGAGCCAGGUGCCCUCGCUUUCCGAGACACCUCGCCAGCUGCAGGUGGAGACUCGGAAUGACUGCUCUCCAAAAGCACCUGCGGUGCCCAAAGCCUGGCGGGAGCCCACGGGCUCGGUUUGCUCGGCCUCUUCGCCGAAAGAGGCUUCCCAGCGCCUGGUGCUGGCCUCUGUGUCCAGACAGCUGGAACUCAAGGUCUUCGAGGUACGCCAUGCUGCGGAGCGGGAACUCAAGGAGCUGGCUCGCCGCGUCAGGGCUGCGGAGGAAAACAGCUUCAAGCUGCGCAAAGAGUCAUGCAGCGAGGAUGUGGCGGGCCGCAAGAAGCUGUGGGAGGCAGAGACGAAGUUGAAUCGACUUCAAAAUCGUGUCCAGCAGCUUGAAACCCGGCGCAGGACCUGGGCCCGCAAGCUGCGACAGCGCGAGGAGGAGGUUCGACAGGCGACGAUCUCCAUCGCUGAGAUGUCGGCGGAGGUAAACGCCGUUCGGGCGCAGGCGAAGGACUUGGACCCGAAGUCCUGCGGAAUGUUAGAUCAUCACCUCUCACCACCACACCUAGAACCUCACAUCCCCCUUAAAGUGCUGUCGCCUCCCUGGGACUGGGCCAUGGCUACCUUGAUCCACCAUGGCGAGACCCCUUCACACGAGGAUGAGAGCAACAUUUCCCAGCUGUUCAGGCCACCACAGAGGCCGCGGGCUUCCAGCGUGACGCUUGCUCCGCGCUUCAGCGCCGAUGUCGAGGUGGCGCGGCUGCUAGCAGCUCGGCGGCCCAAGUCGCAACCUUCACAGGCCCUUGCGGGAAGGAGCCCCGACUUACCAUGGGUUGAGGACGAGCUUCAUGCAGAGGCAGACGAUGUGGAUGCCCAGGGCGCUGUGACGGCCGCUGAGGACACUGCUGAGGCCGACCUUUGCCUGGAGAAUGCACACGAAGCCCACUUCCACGAGCGAAAGUAUGCACACGAUCGCCGCUCCAAGGCCAAGCCGGCUUCCGGCGGCAGUGACGCGGCGACACGGCGAGGAGGCACGGCGUGGUGCCCAUCGCCAAGUGCCUCGGAAGGAUCAGGGAGCGACUUCAAGGAUCAGGGAGCGACUUCGGACUGA